GUGGCUGCCGAGCGCCCUGUGUUGCUGUCGGGGAGGGAGGGAAGAUGGCGGCCGUGGCGGCGGGCGGCCUGGUGGGGAAGGGGCGCGACAUCAGCCUAGCGGCCCUGCAGCGCCACGACCCCUAUAUCAACCGCAUCGUGGACGUGGCCAGCCAGGUGGCUCUGUACACUUUCGGCCAUCGGGCUAACGAGUGGGAGAAGACUGAUGUGGAAGGAACCUUAUUUGUUUACACAAGAUCUGCCUCUCCAAAGCAUGGGUUCACCAUUAUGAAUAGGCUGAGCAUGGAAAAUAGGACAGAACCCAUUACUAAAGACCUGGAUUUCCAGCUCCAGGACCCUUUCCUUCUCUACAGAAAUGCCAGAUUGUCCAUUUAUGGAAUUUGGUUCUAUGAUAAGGAGGAAUGCCAAAGAAUUGCAGAGCUUAUGAAAAACCUAACUCAAUAUGAACAGUUGAAAGCCCAUCAGGGAGCUGGAGCAGGAAUCUCCCCAAUGAUCCUCAAUUCAGGAGAGGGCAAGGAAGUCGAUAUCUUACGAAUGCUCACCAAGGCCAAAGAUGAAUACACAAAGUGCAAAACCUGCUCUGAGCCAAAAAAGAUAACCAGUUCAUCUGCCAUCUAUGACAACCCCAAUCUCAUCAAACCAAUUCCAGUGAAGCCCAGUGAAAACCAGCAACAGCGCAUCCCUCGGCCCAGCCAGACCUUAGACUCUGAACCCCAACACUUGUCCUUGACAGCUCUCUUUGGAAAGCAGGACAAAGCUACAUGUCAGGAAGCUGUGGGGCUCCCACAGUCCCUCCACCAGCAGCAGCAGCCACAGCAAGAGAAGUUUCCAAUUCGGCAGGGAGUUGUACGCUCCCUGUCCUAUGAGGAACCCAGAAGACACUCACCUCCCAUCGAGAAGCAGCUCUGUCCGGCCAUUCAGAAACUCAUGGUCAGGAGUGUCGACCUCCAUCCAUUGUCAGAGCUGCCUGAAAACCGGCCCCACAAAAAUGGCAGUACCUCUUCUGUUAGGGAAGUUUUUACUGGAUCUGUCCAGCCGGGGUCCCCCCAUAGCAUUGGCACUUCUCAUUCUGUACAGAGUGCUUCCAGAACUCAGAACCUGUUAGAGAAGCUUCAGAGUGCCCCAGGGGCAGUGAACAAGUACAGUGCUAGGACACCAGCACCUGCUAGCUCAGCUGCCCCGAACUCCAGCAGAACUGUCACUGCUGCCACCCCUGCAGCUCCACCACAGGGGCUGGCUCAGGCACAACUGGUGUAUUUCAAUGGCUCCCUUCCACCUCAGACACUAGGACACCAGGCUCAUGGAAAAGAACGGUCCACACUCCCAGCGCAAACGCUCCCCGUCCCUGACAAUCAGCCUAGCAGCUCUGGAGUGAUCUCCCCUCAAGAGUUACUGAGAAAGCUUCAGAUUGUGCAGCAGGAGCAGCACCUGCAUGCGGCUCCCCGACCAGCCUUGGCAGCGAAGUUCCCUGUGGUCACUCAGAGCUCUGGAGCAGGGAAGCCCUUGGCAUCCUGGACCGACAAGACAUCCAGCACAGAGAGGCAGGCUCCUCUCUUUCAGGUCAUCUCACCUCAACGCAUCCCUGCUACGGUGGCUCCUUCUCUGCUCAUGUCCCCCAUGGUGUUCACACAACCCACCUAUGUCCCAACAAAGGAGAGGGAGAGUGGGCUUUUGCCCCUGGGAAAACAAGAACCAGCUGCUGCCUCCACCAGCCUCCUGCCUCUGCAGAGCCCAGAGCCCUCUGUGAUCACCAGCAGCCCGCUCACCAAGCUCCAACUUCAGGAAGCACUGCUGUACCUCGUUCAGAAUGACGACAACUUCUUAAAUAUCAUCUAUGAAGCUUAUCUCUUCAGCAUGACACAAGCAGCCAUGAAAAAGACUCUGUGAAAGCAAAACAUGUUGAGACUGAUUUUCAAGGUCCUCCAGCGCAAGGUUCUUUCCUGUCAAGUGGUGUCACCCUAAAUGUUUCUGCCUUUUUAAAAAGUAUGUGUAAUAUGAAGUAAAUGUUUCUGACUUUUUUCAGUCAA